GAGCUACAUGUGUAGUGAACGCGACUCUCCGUUCUGUAUAAUCCGCGCGUACAUACAUCCGUAAUUUGCGGAAGCGUAUUGGGGUAAAAAAGUGCGCCAUAUUCUCUCAGGUGGCGCGACAGAGAGACACGAGAAUGGGCGCCAGACCGGAAUGACAGAGAUGCAUAGCAUCGACGACGGAGAUCGCGUCGUUCGCGCGUAAUUCGGGGCGUGUGCCUUUCGCCGUGGACCGCGGCUUUCUCGCUUCGUCUCUGUCUCAUCCCCUCCUCUUUCCCAUUCCUCUCACUCACGCGCUCGCUCAUACGCUCUCUCUCUCUCUCUCUGUCUCAGCUGUCUGUCUCUCUCGGUGAUUAACCCCGGUGUAUUUAACGUGCAAUACGUGCAAAAUCGCGCCAGGGCGACGAUGCGCCAGCGACGGCAUGCGUCACGCGUCACCAUCCCGUGACACGACGACGUUUGUCGUCGUGCGCUGCGUGUACGCGCGCGCUCUCCCUCCCUGCCCUCCCCGUCUCUCUCUCUCCCUCGGUACGAGAGGGCCACGAACGAGAGUACGUACGAAAGACAAGUGGACAGUCAGUCAGUCAGUCAGUCAGUCAGGCAGGUAGACCGAGGAGAGGAGGAGAUCGGUGGCAGUGGAUCCCGCUGGCAGGCCUCGGCGCGGCCAUUUUUCCACCGCACGAUGCGGCAACCGUGCGUGCCCGUUCGAUCCGCCAUUCUAAACAAUCGGUGCGCUACGUGCGCUCCCCGUAGGAUGCAUCUGACAACGGCAGAUCGCGGUGGCACCGCCGUCCCGCGACGACAACGAUAAGCGCUGCCGCGCUGCGCCGACCAACCAACGAGACAGGCAGGCCAGCCAGCCAGCCAGCCGAUCAGCCGAGACGGACGUGCUCACGCACGCAUGUACGCACAAGACGCGCUGCCCCGCGCACGUUAAGGCAGUGCGCUGCUAUUCGACGUUGCGAGAGACGACGUGACGUCGCGAGGACGAGAGAACGAUACGGCCCGUGGCCGCCGGCAGUGCUGGAGGUGGUGGACGACGCCGUCAUCUCGCCGACGUACGUCGACGGCGACGACAACGGUGGCGAGGAGGAAGAGGAGGAAGCGAGGAGGCGGGGUAGGAGGUGGUGGUGGUGGUGUAGAAGAAGGAGGAAGAGGGACGUGAUCGUGACGAUAACGUGAGGAGGAGGAGGAUGAUAACGGUAGCGCGCGCGCGGCCACAAUCGCAACGUGGACGACGGCCACGAUCAACGGAAGGAAACGGAACACGGAACGUAUGAUUAAUCAUCCUGCUGGCCGCUACGCCGAGCUUCUCCUUCGUCCGUGCCUGCGAUUCGCGAGUUAAGUGCGAAUAUAAGGAGAGAGAGCCCGGAGAUCGUCGGACGUUAAUAGUGUGUGUGUCUGUCUAUCUAUCUAUCCAUCUGUGUGUGUGUGUGUGUGUGUGUGUGUGUGUGUGCGCGUGUGCGUGUGCGUGUGCGGCCACUACUCCGAUCUUCUUACGUGCACGUUGGUGCUCCAAGUGCGACCAAGUCUCGUUCGCAAAAGUGCUCCAUCUCGGUGUGUCGCUCUCUCGCACGCGCUCUCUUUCUCUAUCCCUUUCCCUAUUCUCCUCUCUCUCACUCUCUCUCUCUCUCUCUCUCUCUCUAUCUAUCUAUCCUUCUCUCUCUCUCUCUCUCUCCAUCUGGUCUCUGCCCGUCUGUCUGCCCUGCGUGCGUGUUUCUCGCGUGCUUCCUCGCCGCACGCACCCGGGACUCUUCUUCGACCAGCGCGCACGAUCGAUGUGACAUCGCGGCCGUGCCGUGCUCUCUCGUGCUGGUGAUAUCGCGGCCACGCAUCGCGCCGACUACGCACCGCGAGCGAGAGGAACUCGUUCGACGAGCGCAGAAAAGGAAUAUCGCGGAGGCACAGGCGUGUGUAUAUAUAUAUAUAUGUGUGGUGUGUAUGUGUGAGUACAUACGUGCGACAGAGUGCGUGCCGACAGUAAGCCGUCUCGUGAGUGCGUAUCCCGAGGCAGUGUAGUGUGCUCUCUCUCUCUCUCUCUCACUCACUCACUCACUCUCACUCUGCCCUGUUCAUUCCCCCGUUCAUUCCCCUGUGUUCUCUUCCUACCUACUCGCCUUUACUCGUUCCUCUAAUACUCUGCGUCCCCUCGUCUUCCUUUCUUCCCUCACCCUCCUCUCUCGUCCUUUCCCGUCCUCUCUCUCUCUCUCUCUCUCUCUCUCACACACUCUCUCCCUGUCUUGCUUUUCUUUCUCUCGCUCCCUCGCUCCUCUCUUCCCAUCGGUCGAGACGACCAUAGAAUGCACGACGACAACGCUGCUACGACCAUCGUUGCUGUCGUCUGCUCUUGUGCUCCCUUUGUCGUCGUCGUCCUCGUCGUCGUCGUCGUCGUCGUCACCUUCCUCCGUGCCAUCCGUCUACGUUGACCACGAGGCCAACGUGUCGCGGGUGAUCGCUAGAAAAUAUCGGACGUUUCAGUGAAGUGCCGAGGAGGAGGUGGUCACGCGAAGAUGGAGAUCGAGGCGAAGCAACGUAGCCAGAAGAAUCGACGACGGGAGCGGGCGCAGCGCAUGCUGGCGCAGAGGGAGAGCCUGGCCACCGCGAAGCAACAGCAACAGCAGCAGCAGCAACAGUCGCAGCAGUCGCGGCAACGGCCGCCGAACGACGAGGAGGACAGCCACAGCGGCGAGGACGAGGACCCCGCCGGCGGCGGCGGCGGCCUCGGUGCCAAGACCGGUCAUCCGCGGGACGGACACUCGCGGCCGCCCAGGCCACCGCGACCCCCGAGGCCCCGCAAGAAAUCUUCCCUCGCGGCCGCCAACCAAAAGGAGCCACCCUUCGAGGAGGACAUUAUCGACGGAUUCGCUAUCCUCGCUUUCCGCACGUACGAGGAACUCGAGAGUGCAAUAAAGUUAGCUGGAAAAAAUAAUAUUAAGAAGCUGCAUACAUUGUUAUCAAUAGUGGAAGAGAAACCAAAGGUGGAUACAGGACAGAAUAAUAGGCACAACGAGCACCACAUCAAAAACAACCAUUUCAAGCACAACCAUUACACACAUAAUUCCAUACUGACACCCUCAACGUUAAACCAGGGCCUAGAUGCAGGUACAAGCGACGAUAGUGGUAGAGCAUCUGAACAAUUGCACGGCCCUGGUAUACCUAGGGAUUGCCAGGACGCAGACAGUUCUAGGGACCAUCUCAGCGAUGCUAGCAGUCAUUGCAGUUCGGGUAAAGGUUAUAUCUGUGAUAGUGAAGGAGAAGACGAUAAGGGCUCGGAUGCCGAAUCGAUACUCUUUGAAUCUUCUACCCCACCACCUCUUGCACGUAAAUACGAAUUGCCCUCUUCUUCGCCACACGUUCUGCCACCCACAAACGGGGCAGGCGGAUCUCCACCGGAUACGGGAGGGCAAAUUUCUAAUCCAGCAACGGAUGCUCCGGCACCUAUACCGCCUCCUGUGCCUGCAUCUGCACCAGUUCCAACAGCGCCGAGUCCUCCCAGUCCAACGUUGCCUCCACACAUAUCCCAGCCUCCUAUGACUAGUCCUUUGGCAGCGAAUCCACGUGCAAUAGCUCCGCAACAGCGGCCGGCUUCCCCUGCUCUGCCACCACCUUCCCUGUCCCAGCAGUCGCACACUACGAUACCUGCAUUGCAUCCACCUAAUGUGCCCCUUGUCUCGUCAAGUCAUACAACUAGUCCAGCAGUAGCCAGUUUAGGUGUUACGCCAGCAGCACCAUCGAAUGGAGCGGCUACCACGAGUUAUCCACCACCCAUUCCUAUAGCUGCGUAUCCGCAGACACAACCAUCGUAUCCACCACUUUACACUCCGUAUACCGCUUUAAAUCAUAGCCCAUACCUCCCUCCUGCAGUACCAUCCCCUUCUCAUUCUGCUUCAUCACGUGCAGAUGUGAGAGGAAGUAGAGCUUCUCCUUGUACCAACAUAAAUAAACAGACCAUAGGAAAUAAUCUUCCGAGUCACAAUAAUACUCCAUUGAGCGCUGCUACUACAACAUGCGUGUCUACCAUAACUAAUACAGUUACCACGGCAAAUUCUAUCGCCCAUAGAGACAUGGUGGCCUGCAGUUUAUCUGGACGAAACAAUAAUUCUCCACGUGGACACAGUCCUAGUCGGGAAAGAGAUAGUUACAGCAGCAACGUGAGUAGUCUAAGUCGCGGCAGCAUAACGCCUGUUAGUGUGCCAAACACCUCCUCUCCAGCCAAUUCUAGUCUACCUGCAUACACCAAGCCACAAGGUUGGAUUAGCAGCAACACAGCUUCUCAGCUAUCUCCGGCAACAGCUACAUCUGUUCCGAGGCCAACUCCACCACCGGGACCACUCGGCUUACACACAUUUCCACCACCGAUGUUUGCAGCACCUUUACCUCCACCUGUGUCCAGUUCAAGUCCACAUACUUCACUGUCUUCGCUUCCACCACCGACAACCAAUCCAAAUCCGUUUUCCGCGGAGUCUCUGUUUCAAACAAAAGGGGUGACACAUGUUGCAGGUCAGGCAGAUCUUUUGAGGAGAGAACUUGAUAACAGGUUUUUAGCAUCUCAGGACAGAAAUGUUGGGGUUGGAGUGGGAAAUUUGGGUCCACCGGCAUAUCUUCGAACAGAAAUGCAUCAUCAUCAGCAUCAGCACACGCAUGUACAUCAACAUACAACGCCAUUGCUGCCACCGGCUGCAACGACGCUUUUUCCACCUCCAAUUUUUAAGGACAUACCGAAGUUGGGAGGAGUUGAAUCACCAUUUUUUCGUGGAAACUUAAAUCUUUCCGGUUAUUCCGGUUUCAACACUGGCCUUCUUCAUCCUGGAAUUGGUCCGCCUUCGACACCUUUUGUGCCACCUAAUCAUUUAACUUCAUUUGCACCAAAGAAAAGUGGAAAAUGGAAUGCGAUGCAUGUACGCAUUGCAUGGGAAAUUUAUCAUCAUCAACAAAAGCAACAGGCUGAAGCUAAGGCAGGAAGUGUCGUUAGUACAAAAACUGAGUUAUUAAGACCACCAGGCCAUCUUUAUCCAGGGGGACCAGGCAGUGGUCUUGGACUUGGUGCACCAUCAAUGGCACCUCCAUUUCCCACUAACAUGCCAUCUGCGCAUCCUGCACCACCUCCACCUCAUCCUGUCGGUUUUCUAUCUACACCACCCUCACAUUUAGGUAAUAGAGGAACAGGAAUGUCUCCUUUUGGAAGGUAUUCUUCAACGUUUGGUGGGCCGAAUCCCAAUUUUCCGGGUCUUUCAACCUUUCCGCCAAGAGAAAUGCCACCUCUAGGCGGACUCAGUUCGGUACAUGAUCCAUGGCGAGGAUUACAACGUGCUACUACCGGAUUUCCACCGACCACUGUUUCGUGGGGUUUGAAGCCGGAACCGCCCGCGAUAGAUAGGCGCGCCGAGUUGGAGGAACGGGAGCGUGAACGGGAACGGGAAAGAGAGCGCGAACGGGAGCGCGAACGUGCCGAACGGGAACGCGAGCGUAUCAGACGCGAGAGAGAAAGGGAAAGAGAGAGAGAAGAACAACGUGAGAGAGAAAGGCGGGAACGCGAAAAAGAAGAGAAGAGGAAACAGCAGGAAGCAGCUGAACGAGAGCGAGAGAGGCGGGAUAAGGAACGCCGUGAGAUGGAAAGACGCGAGAUGGAGCGCGAAAGAUUACUGCAUCAAAAUCGGCAACACAUGAUCGUUUCUCGAGAUCGUUCGCCGCUUAGGAACGGCUCGGCGCCCUUGGAUACUGGAGAAGUGCGCAUAAAAGAGGAACCACGCAGCAAAGACGACGAGAUUGUAAUGCUUCCACGACCACCUGUACCCGGUCCCGGAACGACCGGGUCCGCGCCAGGACCAAAUCCACUGCCCGAUCCGAGAUAUCAUCCGCAUCCGCAUACUUAUCUCUCAAGGCAUCCUCAUGGUAUGCCGACUUCACAUUCUAUGCCACGAAGUAGCAUACUUCCCAAUUUAAGCGCACAUUCGAUACAACACUUUCCACCGCCAUCCGCGCCCGCUGGUCAACCGGGAGCUCCUUGGCCAGGCGAUCCUUUCCGGGAUUAUCGGUACGAUCCCCUGCAACAAUUACGAUACAAUCCAUUAAUGGCAGCGGCGGCAUUCAGAGAGGAAGAAGAACGAGCGAAAUUGUAUGCUGGUUAUCCUCCUCCACCAGUGAAUGCUCUUAGGAGUAAAGAUCCUAGUCCAGGUCCGCUCAGCAAUUUGCAUAUGCAUCAUAGAGCAGGGCCCGGCCCAGGAGUACCGACGCGUCCGCUCGAAAAUGCCAUUAUGCACGCAGAUAUUCACAAGAAGGAGGAUGGAUCGCAGUCUCGAUGAUACAUCGUCUCAGUGUCCUCAGUUUCCGCGAGAGAACGCACUGACGGACCGACAUUCUAGGCUCCAUCCUCCACUCCUUUUCCCCUCCUAUGAUGUUCGGAACCCGGUGCUGAUAUUUUGCUAACAGAAAAGAAGCGCGUUAUCUGAAUAAAGAAAGUGUAUAUAGAUAUUAUAUAUGUAAUAUUUAUAGCUAUCUCAAGAGAGAAAGAUUACGAGAAUGCAUAGAACUAUACAAGAAAACGUAAUGAAGAUGCCUUGCUAUGAUGCCGCUGUACCACCGAUAACGGCAGCUAACAAAUAAUGAAUGUUUCGCGAAAAAUAGCUACGGAAGGCGCACGGCAUCGCUGAUGUGUCACAAAUAAUCAUGCUGAUGUUUUGUGAUUUCUGCAGUUUCAGUGAUCUGACUGUUUAUAGUGGUAACAAGCCGUAAUCACGACGAUAACUAUGCGUACAGAUAAAAAAAGUAUCGUGUGUAAUAUUAAAAUAGUUAUUAUAGAAUGUGAGGCGAUGGUUACGUAAAAAAGAAAAAAAAAGCAAAUUCAAGUUAGGAGAAAGAGUUGAGCGGAUCUCUAUUAUUAUUCAAAAAUUAUUUAAUUAUUUAUUUAUUGCGACGCGUAUAAACUUGAAUCUCUAUUGCUAUUGACGUACGAAUGCGGACGUAAGAUUUGCUCCUAAUUUAAUUGAUGUAAUAUAAAAAUGAUCAAAUGUAUAAAUUUUACUUCUUAGAUUUUAAUUUGUAUAUUAGAGACGAUAGAGAAAAAAAAGGAGAGAGGGCAUAUAAAAUGGAAAGUUCUUUGGCUUUCGACAGCACGUGCUUUUUUCAUUUGCAUGCUGAUUACAAUAGCACUCUGGUGCUUUCCUGUGAUAUAAAAAGAAAAAUUAUUCAAGAGUAGUAAAUUAUUUUUUAAUUUUCUAUCGCAUCAAAUCGUGACAAAUAGAGAUUUGACAAGUGCAAAUAAAUUAAACUAUCAAAGUAAAAUUACAACAAUUAGAAAUAUUCAAAAAAACACAGGAUGACGCUUAAUAUAAUAGUAGCUUGUGCGUGCCAAAAAGUUGCUUCAAUCAAAGAAUAUGUUCAUAAAGCCCGGUUUUUUAAUAUGUUUACAAGACAAACUAUGGCAAUUUUAUCUUUCUCUUUCAACUUUUCUCUAGAUUCUCAGCCAUAUGCGUCGUUGUGUUACCAGAAAGCCAAUAUGAGAUCUCGAAAAGUUCUGUGCCAUGGACCAGGUUACAUUCGAAUAUUCCUGGUGCCUCAAAAAAAGAAAAGAAAAAAAAAAAGAGAGAGUGAACUUCUUUGAAUAUGAUCGGAUUCUCAAACUCUAUUUCGUUUAUACUGUAAAGUCACCAUAAAACUGUAUAUUAUACAAUUAACAAUUAUACACAGCAGUUUAAAAAUUGUAGAUAUUUUUCAUCGAUGCAAAGUUACAAUGUGAUGCAAUGAUUUUGUUCAUGUAGAUAUCGCGAAGUAAGAGGAUUUUGUGUGAAUAGGUUUUUUCUAAAAUUGAUUCUUUGUAAAAGAAUCUAAUAAUCAUAGUUUCUAUCAA